UUGCCAUUGUAUGACUGUGUUAGAACACAAAAACCUUACUACUAAAAUUGUGUUUAUUCUUAACUCUUUUUAAGAGAUAACAUGAAGUUCUUGACAUUUCGAUUGUUAAUUUUUAGCGUAGUUUUUAAUAAAUACGUUGUAUCUAUUUCUCAUUUAGAAAAUCAUAUAUUGCACUUAAAUGUAGUUCAUAAAGAUAAACAAGAAGUUAAAGUUCUGAGUUCAUUAACUAACAUAGUUAUAAACAAAUAUCUGAGUAGAUGUCAUUUAAAUAUAAUUGUUGACGACUUAUUUGGGAAUGACCGAUACCACAAAGAUGUUUUGAAUUUUGUGUUAUUAUCGAUACAAUCUGUGUCAUAUGAAGUCUACCAUAUAUCUCGGCACUCUGCAAAAGUAAAAACAUCAAAAGUUAGUGAGCCUGGUUGUAGGAAUUAUAUGAUUUUAUGUCAUGAUCUUGAUCAUACAGUUGCCAAAUUUGGAUAUGCCUUUAACAGUAGAGUAUUUGUUGUUACGUCUGAUUCUAAGUGGCAUAUUAAAGAAUUUUUUAAUGGUAAAGUCGCACAACAUCUAAUGGAUUUAUUAGUGGCUGAUGUCGGACCAAUUUUACAUGAAUCAAAUAACGAAAAGGCAGUACCUGAUAUAAAUUUAUACACUCAUGAUAUUUAUGUAGACAGUUUAGGAAAUAGUGUUCAAAAAAUAUUGACCACGUGGAAAAAGAAUCGUUUAACAAGACCAGAAGUAAACUUGUACCCUUCUAAGUUAGAUCAUGGUUUUCAGGGUCACCGAUUUAUAUUGUCUGCCAUCGAUAAACCACCUUUAAUAUUUCGUAGCUCACAUCUCAGACCUGACACAGAUCAAAAUGACAGCAACUAUUGGGAUGGUAUCGAAAUCAGAUUAUUACGAAUGAUAGCUCAAACGUUAAAUUUUACAUUAGAUAUACAUGAUGCUAGUUUUUCCAAAGAUAUGAUGAAUGAGCCUGAACAACGUAUUAUUAAUGAUUUAAUAGAAAAAAAAGCGGAUUUUGGACUUUCAGGAAUUUACAUAACUAAUAGUCGUUAUCCAAUAGUCGACUUUUCUCCAGUUCUUGUGCGAGAUUGUGGUACAUUUCUUUCAUUGGGCUCUUUUGCGCUGUCCAAGUAUAGAGCAAUAUUUGGUCCUUUUCAUUGGAGUAUUUGGUUUAUGGUAUUAUUUACAUACAUUUUAGCUAUUUUCCCUAUAGCUUUUACUAACAAUCAAAACGUUAAAAUGUUGUGUAAUACUCCUAAAGAAAUAGAAAACAUGUGUUGUUAUAUGUUUGGUACAUUCACUAACCUUUUUACAUUCAAAGGAACGAGAUCGUGGACUAAUACCAAAACAGGAUCUACUAGACUCUUCAUCGGAACAUAUUGGAUUUUCACAAUAAUAAUCACCACUGCUUACACUAGCUCUAUAAUUGCAUUUAUUACUUUACCCGCACAACCAAUGACUGCGGAUACUUCAUAUGAGUUGAUGCAAGAGAAAUAUAGGACCAUAACAUUAAAUAAAGGUGUAUGGAAAAAAUACCUCAAUGCAACUGAUGAUAUUGUGUCAAAGGAACUGUUUAAAAACGUUAAAUUCAUGACCACCUUGGAAGAUGCCAUGGACUUUAUUGUCAAAACCCGAUUCAUACUGGACUACGCGUUUCUGGGCUCCAAAAUUUCUCUCACCUAUUUGUCUCAGAGCAAUUUUAUAGAAAAGUAUAACAAUCGUAAAAUUUUCUUUCACGUCGGAUCCGAGUGUUAUAUUCCUUUCAAUAUAGGGUUGGCGUACAAAAAAAAUUUUCAGUUUCGUAACUUAUUUGGUGAUAUUAUACUACGAUCUCAACAAAGUGGAUUAUUGUAUAAAAUAAAAAAAGAUAUAGAAUGGGAAAUCAUUCAAGGUUCAAAGACAAAACAAUCUUUGACGUAUAAAACAAAACCUGUGGAUCGACAACUCACGUUGGAUGAUGUUCAAGGGAUGUUUGUGCUUUUAGUUGUGGGAAUGCUUGUUGCGAGUUUCAUGUUAACAAUUGAAUAUGCAGUUCGGUGGUGGACCAAAAAACAAAAAGCACGAAUUAUAUUUCCAAAACCUCCAUUUAAAACUUCUCGUUCUAUGUCUAUGAUACCUUCUAUUCAGAGCAUACCUCUUCCAGAUAAUCAAUUUAGACCAUUAUCUAACUAAAACUUUAAGAAUAUAAGAUUUAUUUAUAACAUUCAUGAUAAAAGUUAUUGAUACAAUUAUAUUUUAUCUUAGCAAAAAUAAUUAACAUAAUGAUUUUAUCUUAUCUAUUAAAAUAGAUUCAUGAAAUUAAAAAGUAAAAUAUUUAUUUUCUCAAAAAAAAAAAAAGAAUUUUAUACAUAUAUACACACUGGAACAGAAUUUAUAUAUGAUCUACC